AUGGCGACGUUGGAAGCUGCGAAGACGUGGAGCACUAGUGUGCCCGAUAGGGAGAGAUUGAUUCGGGCUGCGUUUGAGGCUAAGGAAUAUGCUUACUGCAAGUACUCAAAUUUCCGUGUCGGCGCGGCGUUGCUAUCUGCGGACGGGACGAUCAUCAAGGGCGCGAACGUCGAGAACGCGUCGUACGGAGGGACGAUAUGCGCGGAACGCACGGCGAUCGUAAAGGCUGUGAGUGAAGGCAUCAAAGCAUUCGUCGCGCUCGCAGUCGUAACCGACGUCCCCUCGCCCAUAUCCCCGUGCGGGAUCUGCCGGCAGGUGCUGCGCGAGUUCUGCGCGCUGAACAUGCCCGUGCUGCUCGUGCCCGCGAACUACGAUGCGCUCGCUGCGGAGGGCAGGCCCGGCGGCGGCGUGCUCGUGAGCAGCAUUGAAGAGUUGUUACCACACAGUUUUGGCCCGGAGCAUCUGGAGCUGGCGCGGAGGUCGUGA